UCCCUCCCGGCCCGGCCCCGCACGGCCCCGCACGGCACGGGGGUUGCCAUGACAAGCAUUUUCUCCCGUUAGCUCCGGGACCGCUGCCCCUCCAUCCCAUGGCCAGUCGCGGGGGCUCCGCCGCCAGCCGGGCGCCGUGGGACCGGAGCCGCUCCAGUUGCUGUGGUAUCCAGGGAGCCCUCCUCCUCCUCCUCCUCCUCCUCCUCCUCCCGCUGCAGGAGCUGCACGCCGGGCGUUGCUAAGGUCGCCUCCGCGGUAACAUGCACAUCCUGUUUACACCUUCAUCCCCACAACUUGGGCUCGGCUAGAGCCGCCCGUUCCCCCCCGGGAAGCCCCCAGGGAAGGAGCCCCCCGCGCACGGAGCGACCCCCGGAGCCGCCGGAGCCGCCAGCGAGGCCGUCCCAGCAGCGCCGCGCCGGCGGCGGCGCCGGCACCGCGACAAGAUGACGAACAACGUGGCCGACCACCACCCCGGGAACUCGGUGGCCGAGGGCAACCAUGAGGGGGACUUUGGGUGCUCCAUGGUGGAGCUGAGGAACCUCAUGGAGCUGAGGAGCGCCGAGGCCGUGGCCCGGCUCAACGACUCCUACGGCGGCGUGCACAACGUCUGCAAGAGGUUGAAGACGUCGCCGGUCGAAGGGCUGUCUGGGAACCCCAUAGACCUGGAGAAGCGGCGCCAGGUGUUCGGGCAGAACUUCAUCCCCCCCAAAAAGGCCAAGACGUUCCUGCAGCUGGUGUGGGAGGCGCUGCAGGACGUGACACUCAUCAUCCUGGAGAUCGCGGCCAUCGUGUCCCUGGGGCUCUCCUUCUACCACCCCCCGGGCGGGGACAACGAGCUGUGCGGGCAGUCCGCGGGCGGCGUGGAGGACGAGGGCGAGUCGCAGGCGGGCUGGAUCGAGGGCGCUGCCAUCCUGUUCUCCGUCAUCAUCGUGGUGCUGGUGACGGCCUUCAACGACUGGAGCAAGGAGAAGCAGUUCCGGGGGCUGCAGAGCCGCAUCGAGCAGGAGCAGAAGUUCACGGUGAUCCGCAAGGGCCAGGUCAUCCAGAUCCCCGUGGCCGAGAUCGUGGUGGGGGACAUCGCCCAGAUCAAGUACGGUGAUCUCCUGCCAGCAGAUGGGAUCCUGAUCCAGGGCAAUGAUCUGAAAAUAGACGAGAGCUCGCUGACCGGGGAGUCCGACCAGGUGAAGAAAUCCAUGGACAAAGACCCCAUGCUGCUGUCAGGUACCCACGUGAUGGAGGGCUCGGGCAGGAUGGUGGUGACUGCCGUGGGCAUCAACUCCCAGACUGGGAUCAUCUUCACCCUCCUGGGAGCAGGAGAGGGUGAUGAGGAGAAGAAAGUGAAGAAAGGUAAAAAAAGCGGAGCCCCCGAAAACCGCAACAAAGCUAAAACUCAGGAUGGUGUGGCCUUAGAGAUCCAGCCCCUGAAGAGCCAGGAGGGGGUGGAGAACGAGGAGAAGGAGAAGAAGAAGGUGAAAGUGCCCAAGAAGGAGAAGUCGGUGCUGCAGGGGAAGCUCACGCGCCUGGCGGUGCAGAUUGGGAAGGCAGGGCUGUUCAUGUCGGCCGUCACCGUCGUCAUCCUGGUGCUCUACUUCGUCAUCGACACCUUCUGGGUGCAGAAGCGCUCCUGGCUGGCCGAGUGCACCCCCAUCUACAUCCAGUACUUCGUCAAGUUCUUCAUCAUCGGCGUCACCGUGCUGGUGGUGGCCGUGCCCGAGGGGCUCCCGCUGGCCGUCACCAUCUCGCUGGCCUACUCUGUGAAGAAAAUGAUGAAGGACAACAACCUGGUGCGGCACCUGGACGCCUGCGAGACCAUGGGCAACGCCACGGCCAUCUGCUCGGACAAGACGGGCACGCUGACCAUGAACCGCAUGACGGUGGUGCAGGCCUACGUGGGGGACACGCACUACCGCCAGAUCCCCGACCCCGAGGCCAUCCUGCCCAAAACCCUCGACCUCAUCGUGCACGGCGUGGCCAUCAACUCGGCCUACACCUCCAAAAUCCUGCCUCCAGAGAAGGAGGGGGGGCUGCCCCGCCAGGUGGGCAACAAGACCGAGUGCGCCCUGCUGGGCUUCGUGCUGGACCUGAAGCAGGAUUACCAGGCUGUGCGCAACGAGGUGCCCGAGGAGAAGCUCUACAAGGUUUACACCUUCAACUCCGUGCGCAAAUCCAUGAGCACCGUGCUCAGGAGCAGCGGCGGCGGCUUCCGCAUGUACAGCAAGGGCGCCUCCGAGAUCAUCCUGCGCAAGUGCACCAAGAUCCUGGACAAGAACGGCGAGCCGCGCCUGUUCAAGGUGAAGGACAGGGACGAGAUGGUGAAGAAGGUGAUCGAGCCCAUGGCCUGCCACGGCCUCAGGACCAUCUGCUUGGCCUUCCGCGACUUCCCCGCGGACGCAGAGCCCGACUGGGACAGCGAGAACGAGAUCCUGUCCGAGCUGACCUGCAUUGCUGUGGUGGGCAUCGAGGAUCCCGUCCGGCCAGAGGUGCCCGAUGCCAUCCUCAAGUGCCAGCGCGCCGGGAUCACCGUCCGCAUGGUGACAGGGGACAACAUCAACACCGCCCGCGCCAUCGCCACCAAGUGCGGCAUCCUGCUGCCCGGGGAGGACUUCCUGUGCCUGGAGGGGAAGGAGUUCAACAGGCUGAUCCGAAAUGAGAAGGGAGAGGUGGAGCAGGAGCAGCUGGACAAGAUCUGGCCCAAGCUGAGGGUGCUGGCUCGCUCCUCACCCACAGACAAGCACACCCUGGUCAAAGGAAUCAUCGACAGCACCGUGGGUGACCAGAGGCAGGUGGUGGCAGUGACAGGGGACGGCACCAACGAUGGCCCAGCCCUGAAGAAAGCAGAUGUGGGGUUUGCCAUGGGCAUUGCUGGCACAGAUGUGGCCAAGGAGGCCUCAGACAUCAUCCUGACUGAUGACAACUUCACCAGCAUCGUCAAGGCCGUCAUGUGGGGCCGCAACGUCUACGACAGCAUCUCCAAGUUCCUGCAGUUCCAGCUCACUGUCAACGUGGUGGCCGUGAUCGUGGCCUUCACCGGGGCCUGCAUCACACAGGACUCGCCCCUGAAGGCCGUGCAGAUGCUGUGGGUGAACCUGAUCAUGGACACGUUCGCCUCGCUGGCGCUGGCCACGGAGCCGCCGUCGGAGUCGCUGCUGCUGCGCAAACCCUACGGGCGCAACAAACCGCUCAUCUCCCGCACCAUGAUGAAAAACAUCCUGGGCCACGCCGUCUACCAGCUCACCAUCAUCUUCACCCUGCUGUUCGCUGGAGAGAAAUUUUUCGACAUCGACAGCGGCCGGAACGCGCCCCUGCACUCUCCCCCCACCGAGCACUACACCAUCGUCUUCAACACCUUCGUCAUGAUGCAGCUCUUCAACGAGAUCAACGCGCGCAAGAUCCACGGCGAGAGGAACGUCUUCGAGGCCAUCUACCGCAACCCCAUCUUCUGCACCGUGGUGCUGGGCACCUUCGCUGCCCAGAUCAUCAUCGUGGAGUUUGGUGGGAAACCCUUCAGCUGCUCCGGGCUCACCCUGAGCCAGUGGUUCUGGUGCAUUUUUAUUGGAGUGGGAGAGCUCCUGUGGGGCCAGCUGAUCUGCACCGUCCCAACGAGCCACCUGAAGUUCCUGAAGGAAGCUGGGCACGGCAUCACCAAGGAGGAGAUCCCUGAGGAGGAGCUGCCCGAGGACGUGGACGAGAUCGACCACGCGGAGAUGGAGCUGCGGCGGGGGCAGAUCCUCUGGUUCCGGGGGCUCAACAGGAUCCAGACCCAGAUGGACGUAGUUUACACAUUCCAGACCGGCGCCUCCUCUUUGCAGGGAGCCCUCAGGAGACAGCCUUCCAUCGUGAGCCAGCACCACGAUGUAAAAAAUGUUUCUAGCCCAACCCAUGUAGCUCUUUCCUCCGUCAAUUCCACUCCCACCACUUCUGCUGUUGCUGCUGCUGCAUCUCCUCCUGCGGGCAAUCAAAGUGGUGAAUGCGUUCCGUAGCUCCCUGUACGAAGGCCUCGAGAAACCCGAAUCCAGAAGCUCCAUCCAUAACUUCAUGACUCACCCAGAGUUCAUCCUGGAGGAAGACGAGCCUCGGACACCAUUCCUUGACGGCACCGAAGACGAGCCCGAGCCUGACGGACUCCAAAAACGAGGUGGGGGCAACCUGGGGGGUUCAACAGCCCUGAACAGAAACAACAACGCCGUGGAGAGCGAGUUCAGCUUUCCAGAGCCUGGGAGCCCCUUCCACAGCCUGGAGACAUCAGUUUGACCUUAGAACUUGGAAUUUCCCCCCUCCUCCUCCUCCUCUUCUUCGUCCUCGUCCACCUCGGCCCUGUGUGGUGCCAGCAGCAGGGACUGGUCGCACGCCGCGGUCGCUCCGUGUCAAACUGCUCAUGCCUGUAUCAUCAUCUGGGUUGGUUUUUAUUUUGGGGAGGGGAAGGGAGGGUGUGGAGGGGUUUAUCUGGGGUUUUUUUGUUUUGUUUUGGUCUUUUUUUUUAUCAUUGUUUAGCAGUGGGAACCAGAGUACCACCAGGCUGGGUGUUGGGAGAGAGGCUAAGCCAAAAAAAAAAAAUCACCCAAAAAAAGCCAGUUGUGCAUCUCCAUCCCUGAUUUUCUGUGGUACUCACCCAGGGAAAGCUGCCAGGUUUUUUCCUCUCCAAGAGUUGGGCUCCAAGCACCUGGAGCCAGGAGGUUUUCACUUUGGAAAAAAUGCAUGUUCCAAGGAAAUUCAAAUUGUUGUAGUCUUACACGCCCUCAGCCCGAAGGCUGGGGGUGCACUUGUGACUUGAUUUUACUUUUUCUUUUUUGGUGGGGUUUUAUUUUUUCCACUCGUGGUUUUUAGAGGUUUUUUUUUCUUCUAAUGUUGGGGUUUGCUCUUUGCUUGUGGGAUUUGCCUCCCUGCCCAGUGGGAAGUGGGGAGGGGCAGUCACCGCUCCAGUGUGAAAAUUAAGGAAUAAACUAAAAAAUCCCAGCCAGGGGAAGGUGUUUACUCCAAGGUUGAGAGACCCAGGGAUGCCCACCAGUCUUCCACCUUUGAAAAAUGCUACCUGGGCUUUUUCCAGCUCCCCCUCUCUGUGUGCCCACACGUUUUUCUCUCUCUCUUGUUUCCAAACUGGGAGAUGAGAAAUGAAGGUGGCUCGGCUCUAACCUUGCAGGAGGGGAGAGAUUCUGAAUUUUCCUGCAAAGGUGGAGGUGAAACCGCCAGGGAAGAGGUGGGAGAACCCCCAGGUUGUGAGGGACGCAGCUUCUCCCCCAAGAAUUUUUAGAAGAGGCCUCUCUGCUGCUCUCAGUUGGGGGGAAACUCGGUGAGAGGAUUUGUGCAGCUCUCCCAGCUCCUGCCCUCCGGAGCAGAGGGAGUUUUUCCCUUUUUCUGUGCUCUUGGGGUCCAGCACCCCUCAGCCCCGCUGUGCCAGCUCCAAGGAAGCGCUGAGGGAUCCGGGAGGAGGCUCCAGCUGUGCCCAAAAGCCUCAGUGGGAGGAUGAGUGGAGAACCCUGAGGGCACAGCAGGUCCUGAAUCCUGAGAGGGAUCAAUCCAGCUGCCUCAUGAUCCAGCAGAAGGCAGGGAAGGCCGUGAAUGAUCCCUGAUUUUCCUGGAGGUUUGGCUUGGGUGGCUGCAGGUCUUCCAGAGGAGGUGCUGCUGGAGGCUUGGCCUCACAACCAAAAUUGUUUUUUUUUUUAUUUGGAGGUCAUCUCUUCCCCUCACCUCCACCCCUCAGAAUAAUCCAGUGAGAGUCCCAUUCCCUGGAGCUCCUCUGGAUUGUCCCUGUGGAGCAGGAGGGGCUGUGAACUCCUCCUUUCCUUUGGGGUGAAGCUGUGCCCACCUCCCUGCUGUCCUUGGGGAGCAGAGGGAAUGUUGUGGGAGCGCCUGGCCGAGCUCAUUCCCAUCCCUGGGAGCACAGAAGGGAUUUUUGGGGAAGGCUCUGGCUGGGUUCUGCCCCCCUCUCCCGUCAGGAACGCACAGCGGAAUCGCCGGUGCCUUGUGCCAGCACUGCCUGCAGCACCUCCUGCCACGCCAGGGCCCAGAUCUUUGCCAAGAUUUAAGUGUUCCUUAAACCAAAAAAACACAAACCAAGUGUCUUCGCUUCGCCCUCGUCCUUCCCGCGCUGGGGGAGGAAGAGGAGGGAAGGACCAGCUUGUUCCUGCUGAGGAAAGGUCCUUAAAAAUCCCAAAAAUCCUAAAAAAAUAUCCCAAAUAUUCCAAAUAUCCUGGUGCUGGCGAGCUGGGCUUUGUUCACUGCCAACAGCAAGAAGAAAUUGCCACCACUGCCCGUCCCCAAAUUCAGUGUCCACCCCAUGCCUGGCUCCUCCUUCUCUCUCUCCCCCCCAAAAAAAUAAUCCAGGGGAGUGAGGGGAUCUUGGGUUAAACACCAGGAAAAACAAACACAAAAAAAACCCCCAAACAAGGGGUGGUUAUGGGGUUUUGGUUCUGUGCUAAAGGUGACGUUGCUUAAAAAAAAAACAAAAAAAAAAUCACUUUUUCUAUUUUAAAUACUUGCAAAAAAACCAAAAAAAAAAAGAGAGAGGAUAUGGUGUUCUUACAAGCUUACAUAAAUAUUUAUUAAAUACUUUUUGGGGGGGGGGAAUGCACCAAUUUUUUUCUUUUUUCUUUUGAUAUUUUUUUAAUACCUCAGACCUGUUGAAAAAAAUUUUAAAAAAACAAAAAAAAAAGAAGAAAGACUCAAACCAACAACAACUUCAAGCCAACUUUGGAGGCUCUCAAAGUCACUCCCAGAAAUCUGUGACUGGCAGGGUUUGCCACAGGGGUCUGGUUGUUCCUUUAGUUUGCUCUAUUUUUGUCGUUCUAGUUUCCAUUUUAGGAGUGGGGGGAGGGAGAAAAUAAUGCUAUAUAAAUAUUAUGCAAAAAAAAAAAAACAAAAAAAAAAAAGAAAAAAGAAAAAAAUCUAGUUUUCUUUAGCUCAGAAACUGAUAUUUUUACGUCAGCCAUAUGUAUUUUGUUUAAAGAAAAGAAAGAAAAUAAAGAAAUCUCGAGUCCCACCACUGUGUGAGGGCAGUUGCAAGGGACACUUUAAUUAAUUCCGUGGAUUAAUUAAUUCAGCCAUCGGAUGCCAGUCAGCUUCCUUUUCUCUGAGCAGCCAUCUUUCUACUUAGACGUGAGUUGGAUGACACAAAUGGGGUUUUUUUAUAUAAAUAUCUAUAAAUUAUGUUGGUGUAUGGCUGGUUGCUUCAAGUAUAAAUGUUUCUUGUGCAGAUUUCCUGUAAAGUUUUUUCUUUUUUGUUGUUGUUGUUGUUGUUGUUUUUGGGUUAAGUUUCAGUGAUAUCCUGGCAGCAGCUGACUCUUGGCUUAAGUUAUUGAGGACAUUACACACACAAAAAAAACAAAAAGAGAUUUGGGGGAGAUUGGUGCUCCAACAAAAAAAAAAUAAAAUAAAAAAAAUACAAAAAGGCAUGGUCGGCGGCACGGACUUUUGGGGACUUCUCUGCAACAUGCCUUGACUAGGGGGAGAUAUAAAUAUACAUAUAAAUAUAUAUUAUUAUGAAUAAUUUCUGGUUUUUCGCUUUGUUUGAACUGCCACGAGUGCGCACGGAGCAGGGGAGGGCCAUGCCCGCCAAGUCACCCCCUCCCCUCCUCGUUGUGAUCCGUGUUCAACUUGCCUUGGAAUGCUUUGUUAUUAAAACACUCUGAACAUCCUUCUGCAUCCAGUUCUUGAUCCCAGCAGGGCCCCUUGGUGGAUUUUCCGUGGAUUUUCCGUGGAAUUGGCGGAUUGGUACCAAAGACAUCCCGCCGCGGCCUCUUGAGGCGUUUUCGCUUUCUCCUGCUGAGGGGUUUUUUUUUUUUUUAUGAUUUGCACAGGGAGAAGGGUGUGGGGAGGGGAUUUCAUUUCAUUUUUUUUCUUUUUUACCCCCAAAGGUUUUCCGUGCAAUAAAGCUUCCAAGUGAUAUUUUUGAAGGAAACAAACUAAAUCCCAUUUUAGCAUGGGCGGCCUGCACGGCUUUUCCCCGCCAUGUUGGGCCUGCAGGCCUCAGCCUCUCUCUGAGGGUGACCUGAGGGGACAGCUGGAAAAAAAUAAAAUAAAACCCCAUUCCAAAUGCAGCAGGGCAUCUCUGAGGUGGCACUGCCAGCUCCUGUCACCCUCUGUGACCAUCCCUGAGGUUUUUGUCACUCAGGGGGCGCCGGGGCCUGCAUCGCUUCUGCUCCAUCCUCAGCCCCUCAUGGAGGCCCCAAAAUUCCCCUCCUGCAUCCCCAAAAUUCCCCUCCUGCACCCCCAAAUGUCCCCUCAGGGCACAGGGAUGUGGGAGAAACUUUAUCCUGCUCCUUUUUCACCCAAACAGGGGGAUUUGGGCACCUUUUUCUCUCCAGCAUCCUCCUCUCAGCCUGACUCUUCUCUACCCAAAUCCUCCAAUUUUCAUCCUGCAAAGCCCAUGGCUAAAACUGUCUUUAGUUUAUUUCCUCCCCUUCAAUAAAUAUAUAUAUAUAUACAGUCUGAACUCAACAUUUAUGUGUGUGUAUAUAUAUUUAUCCAACGCUCUCACAAAACAAAAAAACUUUCUUUUGAAGAGGGCACGUGGAGCUGAGUUUUUCUUUUUUUUUUUUUUUUUUCCAGUAACUCAGUAUAAUAAGCACCGGUAUUUUUGUAUAAAAAACAAGAGAGAGAAAAAAGAAAAAAAAAAAAAACACAAACCAAAAUACAAAACAAAAGACUGAAUAUUAUGUGGUAUGCAUGACAUUAAAAAAACAAAACAAUGGUGGUUUCAAAGCAAUAUGUACCCUGGUGUGUUUGCCAUAUCCUAGAGUCCAGCUUAAAGUGCACCUGAUCUGUAUUGCAUUUUGAUAUUAAUCUCUAUGUACAAUGUUUUGCAUGUAAUUUAUAUGGAUCUUGGGAGAAAAAAAAAAAAAAAAGAAUCUGAAUGAAUUGUCCGUUGGCUUCUUCCGAGAUAACAGAAUCCAAGCAGAGACAAUAAUCCAAAGUGGAAGCAGCAGAGUGGGAAAAGGGGGUGAAGUUAAAAAAAAUAAAAAUAUGAAGAGGGAUAAAAGGGAAUGGUUUGGAAUCAAUAAAGCUUUGGCUGUUGAGCAGAAACAAUGAGAGAAUAAAAUGUGCCCACGUGUGA